AUGACCACCCACGACAAGAAUCCCAAGAGCCUGACAGCCACCUACACGUCGCCUUCCAACGAGCCCUUCACCGUCGCAACGGCCAUCCCCGCGCCGCCGUCCGGCAGCGUCGCCGACAAGACCCAGUACCUCGAGGCCUUGCGCCAAGCCGUCGACGACGCCCAGGCGCAAAUCAACAAGGAGCUGACGGCGCGCAUGCAAGAGGACAACGCAGCCGCGGGCAACAAGAUCGCCGCCAAGCUCGGCAUCGACGAGGACAAAGAGGAGGAAAACUACGGCGAAGAGGUUCCGGAUCAAGAUUGA